AUUUAGGAACGCACCUUUACCCUCCAAUUGCACAGGCAUCCUAAAGUAUACUCGGUUCGUCAUCGAAGACUCGCUCUCAUUCUUGUACGGCGUAGGUUUGCCCACCAGGGAAGUCACAAUGAAGACAGAGCUGGUUACCCUUGUUGCGUCUAUCGUGUACGUCCUCGUGUUGUCAGCCUGUAUCGUCAGGGCACUAGAAAAGCAGGACGACACCUCUGAUGACAGUUUCCUGACGGAACAGAAACGACCGUUCUGCAACGCAUUCACCGGUUGUGGUGGGAAACGGUCGGGCCCCGGUCGCCGGGAUUUGCUUGCCCAAAUCCAGAACCGCCUUUUGAACGAGGCGCGCGUACUGGAGUUUCAGCGCAGACUUUCCGAGAACCCCUCGCAGGACCGGGAGGCCAUCACAGAUGAGCUACGGAGCAACAGACUGCUGAUGGACCUUUUGGCGCCUUCCUCUUUGAGGAAACGAAUUCCUUCUACUAUUGAUGCUGAGUAGUAACGUAUUCCCACAGCAGCCAGCGCCUGCCAGGUAUGCUUUCUAGGCCCGCGCCGUAGCCAUCAAGUGCUGUUGACCGUCUCAUACUUGCUCCAUCGACGACCCUGUCCAUCGAUUUGCAAGAGCUUGCGUAACACCUUGUUGACAAUUUAGUUUGUCUCGUGAGACUGAAGUACACACAGGAAGCAAAACGAGCAACUGAAACAUACUCUCGUGUGGAAAUUCUAGUAUUACUGUUGCAUUCGUUUCACUAUAUGUAAUGGCGGAUUUCAAUAAAGCGUUUGU